UAGAGGUUGGUGAUGUGUUCUCGGUAGCUGGAGACUGGCUACAGGAGGACUUUCGGCAAUAUGAAGAUUGGGAAAAGAUGGAAAACGCACUGGAAAUAGUCCUUGAGGUUGCGCACAGACAGCACUGGGACGACUACUUCGAAUUACGAGAUGAAGAUCGUCUCGAUGCUGAUGGGAAUGAAAAAGAUGAUGGACUCGCGCUCGAAGCUGCGAGAAGGAUGUAUCAGGAUGCCCUAGCCAGAGGAGACCUCGACAGGGUUGAGAGCGCAAAGAUAAUAGAAGAAAUUUUGAUCAUGGAACAACAACAACAACUACAACAAGAAGCGAAGAUGAAACAAAAACUACAGA